ACUGGUGCUUAGUUAAUGUGAAAGCCCUUGCGUACACGUGUUCCCAACUUCAUCCAGUUGGUUCAAGUGACCAUAAUGCAAUCCUAAUCAAGCCGUAUCUUCAUCGCAAACAAAAACAUAAUAAUAGUCGUCAGUGGAAAAGAGAUUUAAGGGAUAGCAGGGUAAGAUCUUUUGGUCAAUGGAUUACCAACUAUGACUGGUUAGAAGUUUUUGAAACCUCUGACUCUGCAUUGAAAUUGGAAAAAUUUAUCGAAACUAUUUUGUUAAUGGUUGAUUCCUUUUUUCCAAUUAUGUUAACGAGAAUUCGGCAGUCGGACAAACCCUGGAUGACUUCCUCACUUAAAAUUGCUGUUAACAAACGUCAAAACGCUUUGCAUAAACAUGGCAAAUCUUCAGAAGUUUAUAAAUUCUGGCGAGGCAAAGUUCAGUGUGAUGUCAAAGCAGCUCCAAGUAAGUUUUAUUCUCAUUCAGUUAUACAAUUAAAGAAUACACAUCCAUCUAGAUGGUGGAGAGAAAUCAAAACAUUGGGCGGUCUCUCAUCUCAAGAUUGUUGGUACAACCAAUUACUAUCCGAAGUGAAUCCAACUUGGUCGGAACUUGCGGAGUCUUACAAUAAUUUUCUUGUUGGUCUCACUUCGCACUUUCAACCUUUGGAUCACAACGACACUGGCGAGCUGAUGGAAGUACCUGACCGCUUUCUUGUUGAUACUGGUAAAGUUUAUUCAACCUUACGCCAUAUUAAAGUUACUAAGUCGCCAGGUCCUGAUGAUAUUCCCAACAAGAUUUUGAAGACCUUUGCAUUCGAACUUGCACUUGUUGUUACUGACAUCUACAAUGCUUCAAUGGUACAAGGAAAUUUCCCACAACAAUUAAAGCGUGCCUUUGUCAUACCCAUCCCUAAAGUAUCUCCUCCAGGAUCCAUCGAGGACGAUUUACGACCAAUAUCUCUUACGUCCCAGAUUGGUAAAGUGAUGGAAGGUUUUACGUUGGAUUCGUUGCUAGGUGAAGUAAGCAGUAAAUUGGAUACCAAACAGUUUGCUAUGCCGAGGAAAUCAACCACUCAGGCAUUGGUUUACCUCCUGCAUCUUAUUCAUGCUGGUUUAGACGUAGGACAUUGUUAUGCAAGAUUAUUCUUUGCCGAUUUUAGGAAAG